GCCAUGUCGGUCCGCUAGACGUUCAACCAAUGGCACGUCGCGUUACCUGCGGCGCACCUGGAGCAGGUAACGUUACGACGGUGCGUCGUUCGCGGAUUACGAUCGGAAUUCGGAUUAGUCGCCGGAGUAUUCGCGGUCGAGCAUGUUCGGGACGUAGCUCCGCUGCUAGUUUUCUGUCGCCUCGGGAUCGAGUGCCUCCCUCUCCCCGGCCCUCUGCCUGUUUCCGUCUCUGAAGGUGCGCCGGGUGCGCGUGGCGCGUGCAGUGCGUUGUGAAAGAUUUGUAAAUAAGUUAUAAUCCGCGCGGUACAUCCUGGUUACCAUGCCGUACUAUAACAGUGGUCACAGUCCCGCUUACAACAAAGAUGGUGGCUCCAGUGGACCAUCGAGCACUUCUGGCGGUCGCGCCAGUAGCUCGGAGCCGACAUAUAUGAUGGAGCACUUGGCCACGUUCACCGUCACGAAGGAAACCGGUAUUGUUUAUCCGGCGGAUGGUAUGCGCCGCCUCUUACAGUUGGAGAAAAGUAAUGGCAUCUGGAGUCAAAAAAUGCAGCUCCGUCUUGAACGAAACUGGGUCCUCAUCAUGGACAACGAAACAGGGGCCAUUAUGGAACGAUUUCCUGCUUCCUUGAUACAGGAACCAACGGCAUUUACGUCGAGAGACCCCAUGGAGAUGUACAACAAUAUUUUAGUUUUCACGGUGGCUGACGAUAGUGGUUCCAACCAGCGAGCGGAGAUGCACAUAUUUCAAUGUCAAAGUGUAUCGGCACAGGACCUCGUCGAGGACCUCAAAAUGCUGCAAAUGGGAAAACUGGUCACAGGUGACUCGCCGCGGGGUCCUAGAGGGCACAUUCCACCACCACCUGCCUUACCACCCCCGGAACCACCCUUGAACGGCGUUAACGUCAGGGAACAGGUGUCUGCUUUCAAUGCGGCGAAUGCAGAUGGGCAGAAUGAUAUGUCGCGAGAGGAGAACAACGACGAGGUAUCAUCGACGUCGUCGGAGAAAUAUGAGCGUGACGUGACGAUCCUGAAUCAUUGCUUUGACGACAUCGAAAAGUUCAUCGCGCGUCUGCAGCAUGCAGCUGCCGCGUCUCGGGAGCUAGAGCGCCGACGACGUAAUCGAAAGUCAAAGAAGAGAAACCUCGGCGACGGUAUGCUCACGAUGAGAGCAAAACCGCCGCCCGAGAUGGAGUUCAUUGAUAUCUUUCAGAAGUUUAAGCUUUCGUUCAAUCUUCUAGCCAAGCUCAAGGCGCAUAUCCACGAUCCUAAUGCGCCAGAACUUGUACAUUUUCUCUUCACGCCGCUCGCGCUCAUCGUGGAUGCCUCUCACGAUACCAAUUACGAUCCGAAUUUACCUAGUAAAGUGGUGUCGCCGCUUCUCACACGGGAAGCGGUCAAUCUGCUGAUAAAUUGCGUCACCAGCAAAGAGACUGAGCUGUGGCAUUCACUGGGUGACACGUGGUUGAUACCACGUGAUCAAUGGAAAGUACAUGUACCGCCAUACCAUCCGAUCUUUAUGGACGGCUGGUCACCAGAGUAUCCUAUUCCCGAAGACAGGGAUCACGAUCAUUUAGCGUCCUUAUUGAACGCGGAUAAACAAAAGAGGGAUGAGUUACCAGAACAACAAAACGAUCCUUAUUACAAUCACCGCGACGUGGAUGAAUCGCAUUAUAGCAGCGAUUAUUUAGAGUACGAGAGCCGAGAGGAACGUGGUGGUAACGAAUACUUUGAUAGGAAUUAUGGGCCGAGCUCAGAAUUGUAUGGCCGUGAAGAAAGAGCUGAUCAGACCAGGGCGCAUAGUGACAUUUCCGUCGACUCGAUCGAGAGAGCUCCCAGAACAGCCGCUGGAAUAGAGAGAGCACAAGAGGCUUGGUUGGAUGAAUUAGUAGCACGCCACGCUAAAAUCGUGCAAGUUACUUAUCCACGAACGGCGAACAAUGACAAGGAGCUCACGGUAGUCAGGGGCGAAUAUCUGGAGAUUCUUGACGAUAGCAGGAAAUGGUGGAAAGCGAGGAACUCCCGAGGGCAGGUCGCUCACGUGCCACACACCAUCGUUACGCCGCACAAUCCCACUACUCAUUCUACUGACAAUGAUGUCUUUAACAAUCCUCUAUACACCAGUAGAUAUCCAAGACAGGGGCACGGCUAUAAUUAUGAGGAUUCAGAGAUUGAGAGAACCAGCACUAGUCCGGGUCCGGAAGCCACUCAUCGAACACAUGCGAUUCCACCGCCAGCGCCUGCUGAUUGGGUGAGAAAGGAAAGACUUGGGAAAAAAGACGAUAUUAGUGCAUACAAUGGAAGCAUCAGUAAUAGCAAUAGAUCUAGCACAUCUUCCAUCAAGAGCAUCUCUCAGUCGAACGGAAAGUUUAAUAUGCAACAAAGCGUCGUGGAAGUGCACUCGCCACCUCACGAUAUAAUACUGGAUAUAAUACCCGACAAGCUAAUUAUACCGCCUACCAUCACACCGAUCGCGACACUACCACCAACAGAACUAUUCACAUCGAAAUCGACGCCAAUCCUACCUGAAUCGGAAUCAGCACCAACAUUAUCCACAUCGAAAUCAGCGCCAACACUAUCUGUAUUGAAAUAUGCACCCGUAUUACCUUCAGUAAAAUCGAUACCAGUAUCAUCUGCUGUGACAGCACCAGUAUCACUUACACCGGCAUUAAAUUCAUCGACGAUACCUCCAACACCUCCACCACUUCCACUACCGCUGUCAUCAACACCAAUAGGAUCUAUCUCAUUACUUCAACCCCAAAAAUCUUUACCGUCAACUUUUAUGCUUAAUAAAGUGGGAACUUUCAAAACUAAUAACUUCUCCAAUGGUCUCUCCAGUCAAGAAGAAGUUCAAAAGGAGCUUAAGUUCGUCCUCAGGAUAUUUCGAGAGAAGAAAGCAAAUUCUUCCAUUAAUAACAACACGCAAGAAAUUUGGUUGAAUCAACAUUCGACUUCUCAACAAGUUCAAACUUGGUUAGAAGCCAAAGGAUUCUCGCAAAAAAUUUGCAAACAGUUGGAAACUAUGAACGGCACAGAAUUGUUCAAUUUAUCACGGCGGCGAUUGGAACAAUUAUGUGGAUUGUCCGAGGGAAGUAGACUCAAUGGCCAAUUAACUUUAGCGAAAAACGAAUGUGAAUAUAAAACCGCCCGAUCGUCAGAGCUCAAACAAAUUUUAGAAAAAGCGCGUCGAAGAGCGGAGAAGUUAAACGAUAAGGAUGAAGUCAAAGAGUGAAUCAUUCUGUUCUUUAUAUUUCGUACGCGAAUCGGAAUGUUGCAAGUACUUUAUUAUCACUGCGCAUUCAAAAAAAUGGAAGGUAAAAUGCAACGUAUGUAUUUUUUCGUAAUUUUUCGUAGAUACCGA